CUCUCUCUCUCUCUCUCUCUCUCUCUCUCUCUCUGUGAAUGUGGGUAAAUGGUGGUAAAGAUCAGUCUGUUUCCGGGUGCUCUGAGGGGAAACCCGGCUGAAAUUCACCUCCGCUCGGGUUUAUAAGUGUUCCGCUCUCUGUGUGAGCGCUCCAGACGCUCUCGGCCUCGGUGGAGGAGAAGUGAAGCCGUGUCCAUGGCGUCCUGCCCCGGCGAGAACGAGUUUCCCUGCGGUUUCCCUCAGAGCAUCUGCGACGACCUGCCGCCUCUACAUUACCUCUGCAGCAGCUGCAACAACGUGCUGAACGAGGCGCUCCAGACUCAGUGUGGACACAGAUACUGCAGAGCCUGCGUGCUCUGGCUUAUCAGGAACAACAAGGAUCUGGUGUGUACAAAGUGUAAAGAAGACCCCGGCAGUGAGAGUGACUCCAGCAUGAUGCUGACGCUGGACCACUUCUUCAACGACAUGGCCAUCAAUAAAGAGAUUCAGGAGCUGAGGGUGCACUGUGUGAACCAAGGCUGUCCCUGGAGGAGCACCCUCAAGGACUUUGAGGACCACCAGAGUCAGUGUGAAUAUGCCCUGAUCCCCUGCAAUGUUGGCUGUGGCCUGAUGGUGCUGAGGAGGACUCUGGCCAUGCACCUGGACAAAGGCUGUCCCAACAACAAGAGCAUGUGCCAAACGUGCUCCUGUGCACUGACCCCUGCAGAACUGCAGAAGCAUUCAUGUUGCAACGGAAAUGACAAGAAGCCUGCAAAAGCAGAGAAACGACAAAAGGAUAAUAAGCAGGCGAGCUCUAAGCGGAAAGAGCCAUGCGUCUUCUUUGAGGUCGGAUGCACAUUUAAGGGAAACACAGAAAAGGUGCAUGAACAUGAGAGCUGCAACACCGCUGGUCAUCUGCAGCUCCUCUUGGAGGCCAUCAGGGGCCUACAGUCGUCCGUGCCCUCUCCGCCUGAGAGGAGUGUGCAGUACCCGGCCCUGGACCUGCUCCUUCAGGGCCAGACCGUGGCCCCCCUCAGCCCUCAGACUAACGGAGAUCUGGAGACAGACGGCGGGGACGCGGGGGCCAGUGACAAGGCCUUGAGCCUGCAUGAUGACCAGGCUGAGCUGGAGGUGGGCCAGCAGCUGCAUGCCCUGCAGCAGAGACUGCAGAUCAUGGAGAACAUCAUUUCAGCACUUAACCGAGAGGUGGAGAAGACCCAGCUGACCGUGGUGGCACUGGAAAGAGACAAUCACAACACCAUGCAGGUCGUGCAGCACUUAGAGACCGUGGUAGCGGAGCAGCAGCAGAGACUGAUCAGGAAAGACAUGCACAUCGCCUCAUUACAGCAGAGCAUCAGCGCGCAGCAGGACGUCUCCUAUGACGGCACCUUCCUCUGGAGGAUCUGUGAUGUCAGUCAGAAGCUGAGAGAGGCAGGCACAGGGCAGAGGAGCAGUCAAUACUCUCCAGCCUUCUAUACAUCCAGGUACGGAUUCAAAGUGUGCAUGCGGCUGUACAUGUAUGGAGACGGAGUGGGGAAAGGGACACACAUCUCUCUUUUCUUUGUCAUUAUGAAAGGAGAGUAUGACCCACUUCUUUCAUGGCCCUUUAAGCACAAGGUGACGUUCUUCCUCAUUGAUCAGAACCAAAGGGAGCACGUGAUCGACGCGUUUCGUCCUGAUCUGUCCUCCGUGUCUUUCCACCGACCCAUCUCAGAGAUGAACGUGGCCAGCGGCUGCCCUCUCUUCUGUCCCCUGGCAAAGCUACGCUCGCCCAAGCAUGCCUACCUCAAGGACGACACACUCUUUAUCAAGUGUGUGGUCGACUCCUCCGCCUAAAUGGGGGGCAUGGCUGGGUGGAAGGGACUGAUCUGAUUAGCAGUGUAACAAAUAUUGUUGUGAUUUGGUGUAAUAAACUAAGAACUUAACCUGGCUGCAUUCAAACUUUGAUAUAAUUUAAAUAAUUAAGUUAAUGUUAGAUAGAUGUUCUGUUAACUCAGUAUUAGAGGUCCAUGUUUUAAGGUAGCCAGGUUACUUAUUUCUUUAAGGAAGCUAUUUUUUAUUCAGGAUGAGCAAUAAGAAUCUGCCAAGAUCAGAACUGGCCAAUUUAUUGUUUUUAUUUUGGUCAAUCUGUGCUGCAGUUGUGUGGCAAACUAGUGAGUUAGGUGCUGCUACACCUAUGAUCAAAUAUAGCAAAAAUUACGCAAUACUAUAUAAUAUAUUGUGCAAAAUAGACAGUUGCCACUUUCUUUCAAUGUAGCACUUGAUUCAUGUUAUUUAAAUAGGCAGCUGAUUUUUCAUUUGAGAAUUUAAAGUUCUAAUUAAAAAGCAAAUAAUUAUAUUUAUAUUGAGACUUUAACUAAUAAAAACUGCUGGAAAUGUGCUGGUGUGUUUUAUGUGUUCAUUUAGCCCACACAGUGUGAUUUUAAGUUUAAAAAAAAAAAGGUGAAUAAAAGUCGUCUAAAAAAAACAGCCAUUGGCCAGCUCUGCUGUAAAGAAGUCGGGACUGAAAUUGACCAUAGUAGUUUUACACUGUAAAAAGGGGGGAUGCUCCGAUGAUGUAUCACUGAUUCGUUUUUAUAUUGAAAAUAUUGAUGCAGAUUGUUUUUUAUUUAUUUUUUAUUAUUUUUAUGAAAUCUGAUGUGUAUUUGAUGCUGAAAAAAAUAAAUAUUGUAGCAAAGAACAAGUAAUUGUGCGCUGAAAAAAUAAAACUUUGUCCAACGUAAAUAAAAUCUAUUCUGCAUUUGUACAUUCAAAUGAACUUUUUUUACAUACUUGAC